AAAUCUUCUUCAGUUGAAUGAUUAGCGUCAGCAAUGGUGGACAGUGAGUAAAGUUAGACAAAUUCUGAAAGUAAUAUCAGAAAUGUGAAUGUGUGAACGAUAAAAAUAAAAAGUCAGAAUGAAAAUUUUACAUAUUUAUAUACUUCAAAUAGUGCUGCUAGUGAUACGUAAUGGAAAUAGUAUGGAGCUGUCUUCUAGCGGUGAAUAUACUGGGGUUACGGUGAGAAUUCAUGAAGAUUCGCCCGUAGACAAUUGUCAACAGCUUCUAGACAACCUUCAGGAUUUACUUGAGCGGACAAGUGAAAGUGUGGGCGUGGCAUCUGGUGGAAGGGUGUGGCCAAGCCAAUAUAUAGUUGUCCUACCCUCCUCCUGGUCUGGGUCCCCCUGCUCUUCUAGAGGGGAGAUCCCCAGGGGGAACACCAGGUUUAAGAGGGAUGAUAUAAUAAUAUCCGACGGUCCUCUGGUGUACGGUGCCCAUCCCUGUACAGUUCAACCGAAGGGGUGUGGCGAGAAAGGGGCGUAUAUAUCCCUCCCCUUAUCCUACCUGAGGGAUAACUCUAGCUGGGAGGAGGAGAGGGCGGGGAAACUGAUGGCUCAUCAGUUCUUUAAACUCAGAUUUGGUUUGUUCGAUGAACAAGGAUACCCUGAUGACCCUCUUUAUCCCAACUAUUAUAAACACCAGGGCAGAAUACUUCCCACAGGAUCAACAAAUAUUGACGUUAAAGGAGUCUGGUUGACGGAGAAAGGAAUGUCUCCUUGUGCCCCAGACAAUGAAGUUUGUGUUUUCCACCCUCAGGGAGACAACGAUGGUUUGAUAUGUUCACUGGGUUAUCUCCCUCAGCUGGAGGGGACUACUAGAUACUGUACCCCGGAGCAACUUAACUUCAGGAUUCCUCCAACAAAACAAAAUGUGAUUUGCGGAGGAAAAUCAGCUCAUGAGAUUAUUGAAGGAAGUGAAGAUUACAGGUUGGUGAGUGGAACCGGAGACUCAAACUCAAGUUUUGUCCCUCGUGUAGAUUUUGUUCUCAGCCCCAGGGAGAAGAUUGUCCUUGUCCUAGAGACCUCGUCCUCUAUGGGGGAGGACGAGGACUGGAAAUGGAUUCAAAAAGUUGCACAUAAGCUUAUCAGGUAUGAUCUACCUAGCAGUAUAGAGGUUGGAGUUGUAAGCUUCAGUAAUGAGUCUAAAGUAGAAUAUCCGCUAACUAAGCUAGAGUCUGCUAGAGGAAAACUAGCGGAUAGUGUUCCAGAUAAAUAUAGGUAA